UUGGUUGAGAAUAUCGAUCGCUUCAACGACAACAAUGAAGUGUUCAUCGAUCAUGAUCCAAAGCAUUUCCCAAUGGUGUUGAAUUUUCUUCGUGAUGGACGGAUUCCAUUGCCAGAUACCGUUGCUGAAAUCGAUCAAUUACUUCGGGAAGCGCAGUAUUUUGAAAUACCUGCGUUGACCGAUUUCAUCGAGAGCGAAGAACAACGUGGACCGCCAUUUUUUCGAGGUGAUAAGGUCGUUUGGAAAGACCAGAAUUUUCAAAGAGCGCUUGCAAAAGUCGGCUGGCGUUUCGAUGGCAGCACGAGCGACUCGUUGAAACCCCUUUGUUUCAUGCCUAGAUCAGAUGAAAUACGCACUUGCGCUACCUGCGGUGUGACUACGGACUCAUUCGACAGGAAUUACCGUACGAUUUUCGAACUUCCACGGAAUGCUACAUUUGCUGUCGGUGAAGUGAGAAAGGUCAGUGCUAACGUACAGGAUAUUGAUUUGACAGUUUUACUAUGUAUGGAUGCGAUUCGGUGA